AUGUGCGACUGCAGCAGCUCGCUUCGUCGAAACUCUGCUUUCAAACUGGUAGCGGAGCUACGGCUCCUGCAAACAACAGUGCUCGCUUUGCUGUCCCUGGGCUCCUACCUUUGGUGCUUGGGAGCGAUGGCAUUGGAUACCCUACGGUAUGGAAGUUUCAAGCCCACCUAUGUGGCGACGGACACGAAGGCACUUCCAGGAUAUGGUGGAGAGGUUCAGUCAUGGGCUGACUACCGUUUCGCUGUGGAGGCCUUGGAAAAGAAGGAGGCGCAGAUCGCAGAAGGAGAGAGAAAGAAGUUGGGACCAUUAGCCCUUAGGCUGACGGAGCGAUUGGUUGGACCCGCCUUGCAAGUGGCAAAGAAGGUUGGAGUGGAGAAACUAUCCCAACCAGAUGGUGUGAAGGUACUGCUGGAAGCCUUGGAGAAACAAUUGCUUCCACUCAGGAAGCAAGCGGCCUUGGAGUUGUAUCGAGCUGGAAUGCGCGAAGGGAUCUUAUCGAGGCAAACUGGUGAGCCGAUGAGUUCAUACUGCCUACGUCGAGAAGCAUGGUGGACGCAGCUUCGAGACAUGGACCCGAGCAUUCAGUGCAGUGAUGCAAUUCUGGGUGAGCAGUUGCUUCAACAUGCAGGACUGGGCCAUCUGGAACAGCAAAUGGUGAGGACGGUUUGUCAAAAUGACUUGAGUGACAUGGACCGUUUAGCCAAUACCCUAAGGGAUCAGUUUGGGACACUCCAUGAAAGGGAAACCAAUCGGGGAAAAGGAAAGGGUAAGUAUGAAUACAAACCCUGGUCUCAACGGACUGGCUAUAUGACGGACUUCGCAGAUGACAACUCUCUGGAAGACUCCUCUCAAGCUGGCUACAACAAUGUGGAGACCUACCAGGAUUCCUAUGCCAACCACCAGGAGGAUGACGAGACCUACGGUGAUGAUGAUGCAGCAUGGGAAGAUGACCAGCGUGAGCGGGAGAUCGAAGAGGAGGUCGUGAUCUGGUAUGCCAGCCAGAACAUCGAUGCGCAGACCUGUGCGCAGGAAGACUUGGAGCUUGUGGUCGACGCUGUGGAGGUUGAGAUUUCGGCCUACUACAACCGUAUGCAGGCUGAACAUCGUGGAGUCACCAGCCCGGCCAACAGUUCCAACUAUGCUGGUGGAUCAUCGAAUAUGUCAAGCCAAGAACGUCAAGCCAAAGUUCUAGCUGCGAAGCAGCGAUCUCACUGUCGUGCAUGCGGACAAUUUGGUCAUUGGCAACGUGAUCCAAUUUGUCCCCAACGAGGUCGUGGAAAAGGAUUUGGAAAGAAAGGCAAAGGAGGCAAGUUUGGGAAGGCCAAGGGUGACUAUGGAAAGUCUCGUGGAAAAGGUGGAAAGAAGGACAAGCCAAGAGUGGUCUACUUCGCUGUGGGUGAGGCCAGUGGCAGUGGCGAUGGACAUUGCUACAUGGUGCUUCAUUCGAGCCUUGACGAUCCUGGGACACCUACAGGUUCUGCAGAAGGACGCCUUGAAGGACGCCUCGAUGCAGAGCAGCAACGAGCCUUGGAAGCCGAAGUGCAGCGUUUGAUGCAGCUGCCGAGGGAUGAGAUUGACCGGAGACUUCAACAGGAGUUGGAAUUCAUGCCCCCGGUUUCGAAGGGUGCCCCACCAUUGAAGAGCCCUACACCUGUGCCGAAGGCCAUCAUGCCACCACUUGACUUGGCUACAUCAUCUACUUCGAGGACACCUUUGACGGCUUCGAGUUUGUCAUCGAUGAGACCUCCCGUGCCACCUAUGCCUACCAGAAGCAGUGGACCAAUCCUUGAGAGUGAGCCUGGAGAUCCAACACCUGGAGAUGGAGGAGUGUGUGCCCACCGGAACACUACGAGAAGAGGAAGCAAUCAGUACCUCACCAUGGUGACCUGCAAGGACUGUGGACAACGACUUCAGAUCGAGCGGCGUGAGCCGGAUGCAGACAGGCCAAUGGCAGUUUUCACCCCUAUGGAAUGCCCUCAUCCUACAGAUCAAGUCUCGUGGAGAGGAAGCAAUGGCUAUGCCUGGAAAUGGAGCUGCGCUGCUUGUGGAGCCAGUGAUUCUGUGAAGAAGCAACCUGGCCAACCUCGUCCUGUACCUGGACAAGGAUCUACGUCAGUGGUCAUUGAGGCUGACGGGAACACCGGCUACAACAUCAACAACGAGGCACAGGCCCUGAUGGAUGAAACCCUUUUUGUCAGUUCGGCAGAAUGGGAGCAAUUUCGUGGACUACUCGGACGCAUGGUGAACAAUCACAUCACCUUGCAUGGAGCCAUCACACAGGGCGAGUUCUUGCAUGUGGUCAACGCCACCUUGCUGUGCUACAAGACUCUUGGAUCGACCUUCACUCAAGCUAUGACAUCGAUGCCAGUGGCAAAGGCAUCCCCAGGAGCAAGAUCUACGACAAGUGCGGCAAGAUCUACAUCGAGCGUUGGAACUUUGAGGACUGAAGCUGGAGGAAUCGAUGGAUCCAACAUGAUCACUUUCGGACGCUACAAGGGCUACACCUUUGCCGACGUCUACGAGAUGGACGCUGGGUACGUGCAAUUUGCACUGGAUGAGCGUGCAAAGGGAUCUGCCUAUUGCACCAACAUGCAGAGGUUUCAGGACUACUGCUUGCGGCGACGGGAAUCAGAAGGCCUUGCUGUGGCCUACAUGGUGGACGAUGAGUUCGCAGUGAGCGGACCUGAAGAUGACGAUGUGCUGAUGUACUUGGACAGUGGCUGCAACUCCACAUGCCACGGCCAGUACUGGAUGGAGAAGUUUGAGGAUGCCACCAACUAUCGGCCGCAAUGGAUGUCCCGAGAGCGCAAGAACCUGAUUGGAAUUGGCGGAGCUGCCUUGAGCUUGGGCAUCAGGAAGCUCUAUAUCGCCCUGGAGACUUUGGAGGGAUAUAAUGUCCCCGGCAUCAUCACUUCGAUUGAGAUUGAAGGAUCUCAUGCCCCUCUUCUACUUUCACUUCAAGCUCAACAAGAUCUCGGCAUGGUGAUCGACUUGGUGGAAGGCACUGUGAAGUCUCGCACCUUGGGAUGCACCUUCAACGCAGUUCGAGGACGUCGCAACAGAUUGAUCGGACUUCGUUUGACCCCUGGUGACUUCAUGGACGACGGUGCCACGAUCCCGGUGAGUCUCAUGGCGGAGGCAGACGAUGGAGACCGAGGAGAUCGAGAUCGAGAUCAAUGGAGGAGGCAUGCAAAGACCCUUAUGACUCAUGAGGUGAAGAAGCUGCCGAUGAAGAAGAAGCGCCACAGAGGACAUCAACAAUGUGUCCGAAGAGGAAGCCGACAGGAUUCAGCUCGUGGAAGUGCAGACCCACCGAGCUUUGAGACCUACAAUGGCCUGGAGGAUUGGACUGAGGAUGAUGUCUUUCCUCCGGCACCACAACCACUACCAGAGACGGAGGAUGAUGAGUUCGUCUAUGUGGAGGUGGACGUGACGGACGAUGAAGACGAUGACGUCAUCAUCACCGAGGACAACCCGGAGAAUGCCGAGUCCGAAGAGGAAGAGAACCCGGAGCGUCGAGAUGAGUCGACUCAGGACAUCAUCAAUGAGCUCGAGGCGCUGCCUGACGAGGUCUUCGACGCAUUCCCGGAUGAGCUCUUCUUGCCCGGAGGUGGAGACGGAGAUGGAUCGCCGUCGAAGCAGUUCUUCAACCCGAAGGACGCUGAGCUGUCCCUUCCCAUCGAUCUGAACCGUCUCAGUUCAACCAGAUGGACUUUCAUGGAAUACCUUGACAAGGAGGAGAAAGACACUGAGAUCGAUGAGUGGAAGGAGAAGCCAUCAACUGCUGGACGAGAUCGGGUGUGGGUUGGAACCACGGAGUUCCGUGUCAUCCCAAUCGAUGAGGAGUUGAAGACCCAGAGGAUGUCUUGGGAAGAUGGACCUAAGAAGGUCAUGAACAGAGGCCAGCGCAAGAAGAUCCACGCUGAGGUGCAAGACAUUGAGAAGGAGGACUACGCCUUGUGGAGUGUUCUUCGACGUCAGCGCCCAGCUAUGCCACGUGGAUGGAAAGCUCUUUUGGAGUUGUUCGCUGGUGCAGCGGUUUUGACCGCGACCUUUCAGGCUCAGGGCUAUGAGUGCUGCCAACCCUUGGACAUCAGAUCUGGAUGGAACGUCUUCGACAACGAGCAGAGGAAGCAGGUUGAACACACCAUCGAGAAGGAGAACCCCUACUUGCUGAGCUUAGCAUGGCCGUGUGGACCUUGGUCGCCCUGGCAGAGACUUUGCCCAGACAAGGACCUGGUAUGGGCCAAGCGCCGUGAUUGGCUGGAAGUUUUCCGCUGGUUCAAGAAGAUCAUCAAGAAGCAACGAGAUCGAGGAGGAGUUUCGAUGCUGGAGAACCCUUGGCCGAGUGAGGCAUGGAACACGGAGGAGAUGCAACAGGUGAUUGGACUUGGACUGGAAUGCAACAAAAUUGACAUGUGUUCCUUCAACCUUCGAGAUCGAGAAUCUGGUUUGCUUUACCGCAAAGGGACGUGCAUUGCCACUGACUCCCCUGGGAUCAGCGAGACCCUUCAUGGAAAAGUAUGCCACGGAGGACAUCAACAUCAGCCAUUGGAAGGCAAGAAUGCCUAUGGAUCACGGUGCCAACAAGCCGGCAAGUACACUGUGGAGUUCUGCAAAACGAUUGUGAAAGGAGUCCAACGAGAUUUGGAGAAUCAGCUAUGCUAUGCCUUCGCUGCUGAGGAUCUGCUGGAGGAUGUGGAGAACCAGGAUGAUUCCGAGGACCUGGAGCUUUUGGACAAGGACGCAGACCCUGAAGGUGAGAAGCUGAGGAAGCAGGAAUGGAGAAAGCUUUCCAAAGCUGAACGAGUUGGCAUUCGCCGUCUUCACCACAUGACGAGCCAUGCCACCAAAUCUCAGAUGACUCGGAUGCUGAGGUAUGCAAAUGCUGACAAGGCUGUGAUCAGAGCUGUUCGGCAUUUCAGGUGCCCUUCUUGUGACAGAAUUGCACCUGAGGCAAGACCACAAGUCGUGAAGCCACCGGACCCCUACGUCUUCAACGAUUCCAUUGGCAUGGACAUUUUCACCAUCAAGGACGCCUUUGAGCAGCCCUUCCAUGUGCUUCAUGUUAUUUGCUUGGGAACCCACUUUCAUGCUGGCGAAGUUCUUGGAGUCGCCCAUGGAGUGCCGAGUUCCAACAAAUGUCUUCAAACCUUGCUGAGGAUUUGGAUGAACUGGGCCGGAUUGCCCACGCACAUUGUGUGCGACCGCGGCACCCACAACCGUGGUGUGCUGAUGCAACAACUGGAGCAACGUGGAUGCAGAUUUCGCUUUGCUGCUUUGGAGGCACCCUACCAACUUGGGAAGAUUGAACGUGGAGGUGGCAUCUUGAAAGGCAUGAUGAAGCGUGUGAUUGCAAGCACCACUACAGUCGGAGAAGAUGAGCUUCGAAUGUGUUUGGUGGAGUGUUUGGAGACCAAGAACCGCCAAGGAACUGUGAAUGGAUUCAGCCCUUGCCAGUGGGUUCUUGGACGCAAUCCUCGCAUGUUUGGAUGGCAAGACGAGGUGGACGAUGACUUUCACAACGUCCUGGACCCUGAUCCAACAUCAACCUUCAAUCGACGUGGAGCCAUGAGGGAGAGUGCACGCCUUGCUUGGGCGAUGGAGGACAGCCAUCGACGUGUCCGAGCAGCACUACUUCGUCGUGGUGGAACCCCUGAGGAGGUCUACAGACCAGGAGACCUCAUUGCUUUCAAGAGGAAGCAGAAGACUGGUGGAUGGGUUGGACCAGCUCGAGUCCUUGCCACGGAAGGCAAGAACCUAUGGAUCUUGCACAGCGGCAUCCCCAUCUUGGUCGCUGGCAAUCGAGUUCGAGCUGCCAACGCUGAGGAGCACCUGGAGAAUGAACUUCUCGACAAAAGCAGACUGAGCAGGAAGAGGCCAUUUCUGGACCCAGAAGCUGUUCGUCAACCACAUCGCUUUGAUGACCAAGGACAACAACCCUAUGUGGACAUGAGAGGACCGACUGAUGGAGAUCAAUCUGGAGCGGAUCGAUCUGGAGGAGAAAGUCCCAAGAGGGUGAGGUCUAGCGAUGAGGGAGCCAGCAGCCCUGCCAGGAGCUCACGGGUGCCAUCUGCAGCAGCUUCUCCAGCUGCACCUGCCAAAUCGGAUGAUUUGGAUGAACUUCUGGAUGCGGAAGUUGAGGAGAGUGGAGGACCAGCCAGAGAGCAAGUUCAACAACAUCAAGAAGAACGACCCGCAGCGGUGACUGCGAGACAAACUACCGCUACUUCAACAACUGGACCCCCAAUGGUGCGCACACCACUGGCCAAAGCAAUGGCAAUUGACGGAGGAGACCGACUGGACUUUGGUGUACUCCGUACAAGAGCCAUGAGAACGGAAAGAACUGGGCCUUAUGAGAGGAUUGAACCUCAGGCCGAGGAAGAUGAGCGUCCUGCAGCUCACUUCAACUUUCCAGAGCCGACUGAAGCCAAUUUGGCUUUGGCAAAGGAGUUCGUUUGCUUCAUGGUCAAGCGCAAGAACAAGUCGGACUCUCACGAGAUCAACUACGGCCGAGCCUCUGAUGAGAUGAAGCGGAAGCUCAAUGAGAGCAGGGCCAAGGAAUGGUCCAACUGGCUGAAGUAUAAAGCCAUCCGCUUUCCGACCCAGGCCGAGAUCGAAUCCCUUUUGCUGGCCGGUGAGAGUGUGAUCCCAAUGAGAUGGGUCGACAUUGACAAGAAUGAGAAAUUGAGAGCACCUGGCGACACAACAAUUCCUGAGAAAUUGAAGAGCCGCCUGGUGAUCAGAGGAGACCUUGAGGAUGGCAACUUCAGGACAGAUUGUCCAACGGCAUCAAGCACAGCCGUCCACAUCUUGCUGAGCUAUGCCAGUUGCAAGAAGCUGAAGCUGAAGUCCGGAGACAUUUCAGCGGCUUUUCUGCAGGGAGCACCUAUCCAACGUGUGCUUCUACUUUCAGCCCCUCGAGAUGGAAUUCCAGUGGAAGGAGGCCCGUGGAUCUCACCCGAGGAGUACAUGAUUGCACUCAUGAGCGUCUAUGGUUCCAAAGACGCACCUCGUGGUUUUUGGCUGGAACUACGCCAAACCAUCAUCGACAACGGUGUUGUGGAGAUUGAGCCUGCCUUCUACGCCCUGAUUCAUGAAGGAGAAUGCCAUGGACUUUUGGCUACACAUGUGGAUGACCUUCUUUGGACCGGAACACCUAUGAUGGAUGAAGUGAUGAACAAGGUCCAAGAGAGAUUCACUUUUGGAGCAACGGAAGAAGGGAGCUUUCGUUUUUGUGGCCGAAAGAUCGUGGACACCGAGGACUACAUCUCAGUCUCUUCGCCGGAGACACUUUCCAAGGUGAAGCCAAUCCACAUUGACGGAGGACGUCAACGUGAACCUUCAUCACCGGCUUCGGUGUCUGAGCAGAGCCAAAUGCGUGCAGUGCUUGGUAGCAUUGGAUGGGUCGCCCGACUUUGCCGACCUGAGCUUUGCUAUGGCUGUUCUUCGCUUCAGGGAAAACAAGCCAAACCAACGGCUGAGGAUUUGCGCAACACCAACAAGCUGUUGGCAUCAGCGCAGAAGACAAAGGACAAUGGUGUCCGAUUCGUGAAGGGCAAGUUUGACUUUGAGGAAGCCAUCUUGUUGUCGGUGACGGACGCUUCGCAUGCAGCAGAAGUCAGCGUGACCGAAGAUGGGAAGACCCAAGGCCACCGUCCACAAAGUGGCAGGUUUCUUCUCUUGGCUGGAGCGGCGCCAACUGUCAGCCAGCCGGCAUGGUGUCACGUGUUGGAGUGGCAAUCUCAAACUUUGAAAAGAGUUUGCCGUUCGACUUUGCAGGCGGAGGUUUUGAGCUCUAUGCUGGGAUCGGAAUCAGCCCAACAGGUGCGGAUUCUUCUUUACUCCUUGAAGUACCCACGCAUUCCUGGUGACCGUGGGAUGGGAUGGAAGAUUCUGGCUGCCGAUUCGAAACUGGUGCUGUGGUAUUCUGACUGCCGAUCGUUCAUCGAUUACAUGUCUGCCACGACGCCUGGGAGCAUCACCGACAAGAGAUUGGCCAUUGACAUGACGGCCCUUCGACAAGAGCUAUGGCGUGGAGAGAACGAAGAGAUCGGAGAUCCUUCAUCGAGCUUCUCCUGUAUGGUGAUCUUUGCCGCACAGCGGCUGGUGCCGCCGGGUGCGGUGGAGGACAUCCAGGAGGUAAAGGACUAUGCCGAUGUGCAAGAGGUCUACGCUCGCCUCCAGCUGCGUUGUUCGGAGGGGCAGAAGGAGUUGCCCCAGCUGUUGCACGGCAUCUUCGGGUUCUAUGCUGAAGAUUUCGACUGGUCACGCCACGUCGUCUCCCUACCACAAAAAAACAUGGCACUGGGCGCGGACACCUUGCGGAUCCAAGAUCCGGUUCAGACUGAGCUGGACCUCGCUCGGCCCUACAUGAACCAGGCGCGCUCCGAUCUCCUUCGCCAGGAGCUCUUCGAGGCGUUUCAACAGCUCCACAGCGGUCGCUGGGACGACUUCCUGGCGAAAAAAAGCGCCUGGAGCACUUGCAUGAGCUGGGGCGACCAGCUGGAGUGCGGGUUGGGGGCCCAUUGGGGAUGGUGUAGCUCUGAGAUCUUGGACCUCUGUGCCUUGCGCGAGAACCGAAACCGACGGGAGACCAGGUCGGGAUGGGCGCCGUUUUAG